UUGGAGCAGAGCAGCCGGCGGGACCCGGUCGGAACCAUGAGUUACAUGAUGAUGCCGAGAGUGCAACCAGGAUCCCCGCAGAAGGCCCGCGGCCAGAUACAGGUCAUCUUUGGACCCAUGUUCUCUGGAAAAAGCACUGAACUGAUGCGCCGAGUCCGUCGAUUUCAAAUCGCACAGUAUAAAUGUCUACUAAUCAAGUAUGCGAAAGACACACGCUAUUGCGUCAGUGGGGUCUCCACACAUGACAGAAACACCAUGGAGGCCAUGUCAGCUUGUUGCCUCAAAGAUGUCCAGCAGGAGGCUCUGAAUUCCACUGUGAUUGGCAUUGAUGAAGGCCAGUUUUUUCCAGAUAUAGUUGAGUUUUGUGAGACAAUGGCCAAUGCAGGGAAGACUGUCAUUGUGGCAGCCCUUGAUGGAACAUUUCAGAGGAAGGCUUUUGGGAACAUCUUACAACUAGUCCCCUUCGCAGAGAGUGUCGUGAAACUUAAUGCUGUUUGUAUGGAGUGUUAUCAUGAGGCCUCUUACACAAAAAGGUUGGGAACAGAGAAAGAGGUAAGACUCUAAUAAAAGCUCUCCCUUUCUUUAAAACUGUUGAUUGUGAGAGAUAUUGCCUGUUCAUCCUCUUAGGUGGAAGUAAUAGGAGGGGCAGAUAAAUAUCAUUCAGUCUGCCGGGUCUGUUAUUUCAAGAAUCGACAACAGUUGGUAUCUGAAAACAAAGAGAACCUACUAUGUGGGAAUAAGCCCCUGGAUAUUAGUACCUCCAGGAAAGUCUUGGUUACCCAUCAGAUCAUGCCAUGGAAUCCAUCUAAUUGAACAAUGGAAGCAAGUGAUCUGAUUCCCAGGUGGAUUUAAAGAAACACUUUCUUGUCCUUCCUUCUAGCUUUGUAUUGUUAA